AACAACUCUCCUAAUCUCUUUCUUGUUAUUUGAGGAAGGCCUCAUUUUUGACACGAAAUAAAACCAUUUUAGAUUUGUUGGAGCCACAGCCUAUGAAGUCUCCAUCUUUAUAAAUCUCUCUCCUCUCUCUCUUUCGAUAACUCUCUAACUCUCUCUUCUCUUUUUGUGAGUUACAGUGAUAGAAAAUGGAGAAGAAACUAGUGCCUUGUUUGGUUUCAUUUGUUUUGAUAUUGUGCAGCGUGUCUCAUGUUAGAUCAGAUGCAUCUGAUCAUCGUUACAAAGUUGGAGAUGAUGUCCCUCUCUACGUUAACAAGGUUGGGCCUUUUCACAAUCCCAGUGAAACAUACCGCUACUUUGAUCUGCCUUUCUGCUCAUCAGGUCCCACAAAGGACAAGAAGGAAGCCCUUGGUGAAGUGUUGAAUGGAGAUCGUUUAGUCACUGCCCCAUACAAACUCGACUUUUUAAAUGACAAGGAUUCUGAAGUUGCUUGCAAAAACACGCUGACAAAGGAACAAGUUGCUCAGUUCCGAGAAGCAGUUUCCAAGGACUACUACUUCCAAAUGUAUUAUGAUGACUUGCCCAUUUGGGGUUUCUUAGGGAAAGUUGACAAGGAAGGCAAGAAUGACCCUAGUGAAUACAAAUAUUACCUGUUUAAGCAUCUUCACUUUACCAUCUUUUACAACAAGGAUCGUGUCAUUGAGAUCUCUGCGCAAUCUGAUCUGAACAAUGUUGUGGACCUUACUGAAGAUAAAGAAGUCAAUGUGGAGUUCAUGUAUUCAGUUAAAUGGAAGGAAACAGAUAUAACAUUUGAGAAAAGGAUGGACAAGUAUUCACAAUCUUCUUCACUUCCUCAUCACUUGGAAAUUCAUUGGUUCUCAAUUAUUAACUCGUGUGUGACAGUUCUCCUCUUGACUGGUUUUCUUGCCACAAUUCUCAUGCGAGUCCUGAAGAAUGAUUUUGUCAAAUAUGCUCAUGAUGAGGAGUCAGCUGAAGACCAAGAAGAGACUGGGUGGAAGUACAUCCAUGGUGAUGUAUUUAGAUAUCCAAAGUAUAAGUCUUUGCUUGCAGCAGCAGUUGGCUCUGGCACCCAGCUGUUUACCCUUACAAUUUUCAUUUUCGUGCUUGCUCUAGUUGGUGUUUUUUAUCCUUACAAUCGUGGAGCUCUAUUUACUGCACUGGUUGUCAUAUAUGCUCUGACAGCCGGGAUUGCAGGCUACACGGCAGCCUCUUUCUUUUGCCAACUGGAAGGAAAAAAUUGGGUCAGGAACCUGUUGCUAACUGGAGCCCUGUUUUGUGGUCCUCUGUUUCUCACCUUUUGCUUUCUUAAUACCGUUGCAAUUGCAUAUAGUGCCACUGCAGCAUUGCCAUUUGGAACAAUAGUGGUGAUAUUUCUUAUAUGGGCUCUGGUAACAACACCAUUGCUGGUACUGGGUGGGAUUGCAGGGAAGAAUAGCAAGGCUGAGUUUCAGGCUCCUGUCCGCACCACUAAAUAUCCCAGAGAGAUUCCUCAGUUGCCUUGGUAUCGGAAAACACUUCCUCAGAUGGCCAUGGCAGGAUUCUUGCCUUUCAGUGCAAUCUAUAUUGAACUUUACUACAUAUUUGCCAGUGUUUGGGGUCACAGGAUCUACACCAUAUACAGCAUCUUGUUCAUUGUCUUCAUCAUUCUGUUGAUUGUCACUGCUUUUAUAACAGUGGCGUUGACAUAUUUCCAACUUGCUGCUGAAGACCAUGAGUGGUGGUGGAGGUCGUUCCUUUGUGGUGGAUCAACUGGAUUGUUCAUUUAUGGCUACUGCUUGUAUUACUACUAUGCAAGAUCAGAUAUGUCAGGCUUCAUGCAAACCUCCUUUUUCUUUGGCUACAUGGCCUGUGUUUGCUAUGGGUUCUUCCUCAUGCUUGGCUCUAUUGGGUUCCGUGCCUCCUUGUUUUUUGUCCGCCACAUUUACCGUUCAAUCAAGUGCGAAUAGCAAGCCAUAUCAUCUUCAGUAUGUUCAAAGGGUGAAGCAGCGGUUGGCUGGGAAAUCUGCUCCUGGAUCGAUGGAGUUCUCUGUCACUACUUUUGAGAAUGCGGGCACAUCACAUGUAGGACUUUUAAGAUCUUUUGUAGGAAGGGAUUGUGUAGGACUUUAGAAUGCAGUUGAUGAUUUGUAAGCACAAGCUGUCUGUUUUGAGUCUAUUGUAAGCUAACGCCGUUAUUUAACAGAGAACAAGUGCCCCAUUGCUGGCAAUGGCGAGUCUCAGACAAUGACAGCUAUGGUUAUAUAAUGGUAACGGCCGUUAUUGUAAAAAUAACUGGUCAAUGACGGACUACUCGCUCAUAUGAUUGUUGUCUUUGCAUUUUGGGUUCAAGUUUCACACCACCUCUUCUGAUA